CACACACUACAAAAUAAAACCUUCACAUUUUUCAUAGCAGGUAUUUGCUGUUUUGGGUUUUAUAUAACUGGUUUAACCCAAUCACUGUUACACAUGGUAUGAGCGUGGCCCUUUAAAAUGAAGCUUACUGAACAUUUCAAAAUAAAAGCCUCAUUAUUCUUGCACUAACAUUGGGGACAUUACACUGUGGAGCAGUGAACAUUAGCAGUGCACUGCCUCUGACUGGUGCAAUGCCUUGUGCCGCAUUAGCAUUAGCAUUAGCCUUCCCCUAAAAUAAGCACUUCAGCAAUUUUUUUACUUAAUGUCUAUGUUUAUUCAUUCACUGAUUUAGCAACAAGAAGGUUUUGGAUGGAAAAUGUUGCUUAUUUUGCCAAUUUAUGCUUUUCAAUUCAAUAUGAUAAACAAAUUACAGACCCUGUAGUUAACAUGACACAAAUUUUAUACUAGUUUUAAAAUAUAUUUUAUGGUAAAUUUGGAAAAAGUAACUGGGUGGAUGUUUUUCAGGUCUUAGUUUCAAGAUUUGUAGAGAAAUAAAAAUGUUUGAAAAAGUAUUAACUUAAUUUGGAGGUGAAAAGAUGAAAUCAGAAAGAUUAUAUAACUGUGGAUUAAGUCAGUGCAGAAGGAUAAAUAAUGCAGAUUAUUAAUGAAUAUUUACUGAAAUGAUCUGACAGUUGAAAACUCCUCAUCAUCUCUAACUAAUCUAAAACAUUUCUUCCUCCUCCAGAGGUUUUAUCAUGAAAGCUGAUCAGUACAUUUAUCAGAACAAACUUCCUCCUUCCAACCAGAAGAAACUCUGAGAUUAAUGAAGCUACAUGUCAUCAGAGUUAUUCUGGAUUAAAGACAUUUUCUAAGAAUAAUUUACAUUUUUAAUAAAACUGAGGAGCAGGAUCUAUAUAUAGUUCAGUGUUUUAACAAUCAUUUGUUUCUUCCUAGUUUUGCAGCAAAUGUUUGAUAAUUAGCAGUAAAAUGAUCAGAACCAGGAGAUUCUUGUUUUUAUUAUUUUUACCGUUUGUGUGGGCUUAUUAUGAAGUGUCUGAGACCAACAUGUCCUGUGUUCUCAACCAGGACUGCAUUUUACCAUGUCGGUUCAGGAACGAGAUUACUGACAUCAGCUGGGAACGUGAAAAAUCUCUGAUUGUAUCAUAUGACCAUCGUGGCUCCAGAUACUCUGAGAGCUUCAGAUCCAGAGCGUCACUGUUUGAGGAUCAGAUCUCCAGAGGAAACGGCGACCUGCUGCUGAGAGGAGUGAAGGUUGAUGAUGAGGGAACAUAUCGGUGUCAUGUAUUUACAACUGGGAUCUAUUAUAGACAUUCUGUUGUCCUUGCAGUAGAAGCUCCAGUUUCUACAAUCAACAUCCAUCAGGAUGAAAACAGGAUCACCUGCAGCUCAGAGGGGAUCUACCCUCAACCUGAGCUCACCUGGUCCACUGAGCCUCCAUCCAACACGGCUCUGCUGAACAGAACCACAGUCCAUCAGACUGAGGAGAAGCUUUAUGACAUCAGCAGCUCUCUGACGGUUCCAGAUGAAGAUCCAGAUCAGGUCUACAGCUGCAUCAUCAGAACCAGGAAGAGCUGGAGGACAGCAUAUCUAAAUGAUCCAGACUUUGUAACCAGCGUGUCCUGUGUUAUUAACCAGGACUGCAUUUUACCAAGUCAGUUCAAGAACGGGAUUACUGACAUGAGAUGGGAACGUGUAGAUCCAAAGUCUCUGAUUGUAUCAUAUGACCAUCGUGGCUCCAGAUACUCUGAGAGCUUCAGAUCCAGAGCGUCACUGUUUGAGGAUCAGAUCUCCAGAGGAAACGGCGACCUGCUGCUGAGAGGAGUGAAGGUUGAUGAUGAGGGAGAAUAUCAGUGUUCUGCAAAGAUAAAUGGCAUCUAUUAUAGACAUUAUGUUGACCUGCCAGUAGAAGCUCCAGUCUCUACAUUCAGAAUCCAUCAGGAUGGAAACAGGAUCACCUGCAGCUCAGAGGGGAUCUACCCUCAACCUGAGCUCACCUGGUCCACUGAGCCUCCAUCCAACACGACUCUGCAGAACAGAACCACAGUCCAUCAGACUGAGGAGAAGCUUUAUGACAUCAGCAGCUCUCUGACGGUUCCAGACGGUUCUGAUCGGAUCUACAGCUGCACCAUCAGAACUCAGUUGAAGUUUGCCGGGACAAAAUGGUGGAGAGCAACUUUAGCUGAACCAGGAGCUGAAGUUACAAUCUGCUGCACAUCUUCAGAUUAUUAUGGAACCAGUUUGGUCUGGAGGUUCAACCACCAUCAGAUCAUCCUGACCAAGACUGACAGAAACAUCUCCAACAUCUCAGAGGAGUGGAGGAAACAUGUGAGGAAUGUUUCAGCGUCCGGCAGCCUCACCUUACAGGAUGUGACCUCAGAUCAGGAGGGAGUUUACAGCUGUGAGCUCAGUGGUGAUGAGGAGACGAUUAUAACUCACCUCUAUCUGAGGAGGACUGGAGAGAAUCUGGUGGUUCCUGAACUCAUCAGACGGACGGUGGUUUGUGUUGUGAUUGCAGCAGCAGCAGCUGGAUUCAUAAUGUUCUACAAGAAGAAAAUGGAGGAAAGUGAAGCUCUGCAGCUUUAACCCUUUCAUUCACAUUCAGAGAGUGGUUUUGUUUUAAUGCCAUUCUCACAUUUUACCCGUCAAGAUGAUUCAUGAGCUUUGAUGUAGUUUCACAAAAUGAUCAGCUCUUCAUGUUCUUCAGGUGAUUCUCAUGUUUGGAGACAUUUCUGUUUUUAUUUUUAUGAUGAUUUCAUCUCCUGCCCAGCAGGGGGCGCAGCUAAAUAUAUUCUUUAUAUUCUACCAGCUAAACUUUCUCAGAACUUUAUCAAUAAAAUGUUUAUUUCUGUAGAAAAUGAAAUUUAUUACAAAAAUAGCUGAUAUAUGAGCUUUUAUGAUUUAUAUGCUUCAUGUAGUUUUACAAUAUUAGUUCUUCAUAUUCUUUAGUUAUUCAUCACAUUUGUACAUAUUUCUGUUUAAUCUAAAUGUGUAGAUUUUACUUUGUUUUCAUCUCCUGCCCAGCAGGGGGCGCAGCUAAAUAUAUUCUUUAUAUUCUAUCAGUUUCUCAUAAAUGUAUCAAUAACAUGUUUAAAUCUGAAGAUUUUUUCCAUCAUUAUUUCUUUUGUUACAUAAAUUUUGUUCUUCAAUAAACCAACUAAAUAUUAAAA